UUCUGUCUGUCUCGCUCGCUACAGGGAGCUCGGAGGAGGUCCACGGGCCGCAAAGGGGGGGAAAAAAAGAACCGGACCAAAAUGUGACAAAUCCACGCUUUUUGUCGGGGGGGGGUUCAUGGCGGAGUGGAAAGUGGCGCAAGAGGAGUUAUUGCAGGACUCCUUGGAGCCUCUGGUCGCUGCUGGAUCAAAAUGCUCAUAGUGGAGAAGACCACUGACUUUCCCUCUACUGAGUUCUCUCUGGUGGAGGAUGUCGCCCUUCACUUCACCUGCUUGAUGGACCGGCUGAACGAGCAGCGCCUCUUCCAGCCCGACCUGUGCGACGUGGACAUCGUGCUGGUGCGCCACCACAGUACCUUCCCGGCCCACAAAGGCGUGCUGGCCGCCUAUAGCCCCUUUUUCCACUCGCUGUUCGCCCGCAGCAAGCAGCUGCGCCGCGUGGACCUGUCGCUGGACGCGCUGACGUCGCAGGGCCUGCAGCAGGUUCUCAACUUCAUCUACACGUCCAAGCUUUUAGUGAGCAGCCGCACGGUCGCAGACGUGCUCAACGCCGCCACGCUGCUGCAGAUGAGCGAUAUCGCCGCCUCCUGCCGCCAACUCAUCGGCAGCCGGUCUCUGCGGAGCGCCGACAUGGACGACCUGGACGGAUGCGGGACUGCAUCCGGGCAGCUUUACCGGGACAUCAAACAGGAGUGUGGUGGCGACGAGGAAUCCAAGACAUCGGAUCCUCACGCAACAUUCAACAAAGAUCAAAUCAUCGUGGAAGUCAACCUCAACAACCAGACGCUCAAUGUGUCCAAGGGCUCAGAGGGCGGCAAAGAGGCGGGAGUGUUCUGCGGUUGCGACGGGAGGGAAUCCGAGGACGACGAAGCGGAGGACGACCUGAAGAAAGAAACAGACAUGUUGGGGCAGAGCACUGAAGAAGAGGAGGAUGAGGAGGAGAAUGUCUUCGAUGUUCCGGCAGUCGAGCCGGAUUCGGGGCGUCCUCGCAGGGCGCUUGCCGUGGCGGUGACGCUCGCCCACCGGCGUCCGGGAGAUGCAGAGGGAGCGGGCCCCAAGGCGAGGCUGGAGGAGAAGCAGCAGUUCUUAUGCAAGAAGUGCCCACGCGUCUUCAACAACCGCUGGUACCUGGAGAAGCACACCAACGCCACGCACAGCCGCGCGCACGUCUGCGCCAGCUGCGGCAAGAGGUUCCUGCUGGAGAGCGAGAUGCUGCUGCACCAGCAGACAGACUGCGAGAAGAGCAUCCGGUGCGUGGCAUGCGGCAAGGCCUUCAAGAAGCUGUGGUCUUUGCACGAGCACAACAAGGUGGUCCACGGCUACGCCGAGAAGAGGUUCUCUUGCGAGAUCUGCGACAAGAAGUUCUACACCAUGGCGCAUGUCCGCAAGCACAUGGUCGCCCACACGAAGGACAUGCCGUUCACCUGCGAGACGUGCGGGAAGUCAUUCAAACGCAGCAUGUCCCUGAAGGUGCACUCUUUGCAGCAUUCUGGAGAGAAGCCCUUCAAGUGUGAGAACUGCAGUGAACGUUUCCAGUACAAAUACCAGCUGCGUUCGCACAUGAGCAUCCACAUUGGACACAAGCAGUUUAUGUGCCAGUGGUGCGGCAAGGACUUCAACAUGAAGCAGUACUUUGACGAACACAUGAAAACCCACACUGGAGAGAAGCCGUACAUCUGCGAGAUCUGCGGAAAGAGCUUCACGAGCCGGCCCAACAUGAAGCGCCACCGCCGCACCCACACGGGAGAGAAGCCGUACCCAUGCGAGGUGUGCGGGCAGCGUUUCCGCUUCUCCAACAUGCUCAAGGCGCACCGGGAGAAGUGCUUCCGUGUCAGCCAGCCGCUGGAUGACCCUCUCGGCUCGUCCGGUCCGGUGAAACCAGAGCGGCAGCCAGAGCAGAUGCCGUCCUCGGAGCCUCCCCUGCUUCACCCCACGAUGGGGCUACCUCCCUCAACACGCAUACACCCUCUUCCACCGCCUGCCCUCUUUUCUGGCGGUAGGAUGAAUUCCAACACCUGAAGCAUCGAAAGGUUACUUUUUGUUUGUUUUUUUUACCCGGAGAUUCUUGCACCUCAGCAACACUGCCACUGGGUGGAAAUAAGUCAUAAGUAUUACUUAUUUUUUACAAAUACAUUUGGUAAGCUGGCUUUAUCCGGGGACCAGCGACGUUUGUCUUUCCAGAGCCUUGCACAACGCAGUGAUUGUAGCAUCUCUAGCAACAAUAAGCAAGAAAAUUUACAUUUUUCCAUCCACUGCCCACAUGUAGCGGCGGCAGGCAGUUCCAGUGCGACUCAGCAAUAAUAACCAAAAGGUGAUGUGUUUUUGAGAAUAUACACUACUAACAGAAGGUUAAGGAUAUUGGGCUGCUGGGUGAAAUUUCAGGAUGAAUCUUAAAUGUGCUACAGCGUUCCCCCCCCGUCUAUUUGCAAUUUUUUUGGUCUUUCUGAAACUCCCCAACAUGCCACAAGAUAGCACCAAAGGCCUGGCAAAUAGAAAAGUAGUGCUUUGGCUCAGUCUUGUGGCAUCUGUAGGCAACUUUAAGCCUUUUCAGGGGUCAGCUACCAGCGGAGAACAAGCAAGUUGUGCAAAAAGUACUCAAACAUUGAACUGUUGGACAUGUGCAUUCAAACGUUUAGAGAAGGUCAAGUUAAGUUCACCUCCUCAGUUUAUAGUGGAUUAUAGGUUCAUCUUAAAAUUUCACCCAAAGCCCAAUAUCCCUAACUGUUUGGGAGUCGUGUGUGUGUGUGUGUGUAUGUAUACACAAUAAUCAAAUCUCAUUAGCUCACAGCUAUGUCACGUUAUAGUGUUUAUAAUCCGCCUUGCACCUUACAUUUAACGACGUAACCGAAAUGUAACCCUCACUGUUUCCAUUAUUAGAACUGUGUGUGUGUCUCUCUGUGUGUGUGUGUGUG